AUGUCUUUCGAAGUCCUUGCAUUGUCAUAUUCUUGGGUGCACAAAGACUCCGUGUCGUCAAGGUUUGAAAAUUUGAAACACUUGAUCAAUGCUUCAUACAAUAAACCUAGAUACAGAUUUGGUAUCAUUCAAUCACCAAGAAUCAAAAAUAAUGAUACAGUGUUGUCAGAUCUAGCAAUUGAUGCAUAUGACGAGAUUUGCAUUUACUUGCUACUUGGAAAACAAGAAAAGUUUGAUGAUUUGGCUAACGAAGGAUAUAAACGAGACUUGACUAAAGUUGCAACUACAUUUAAUCAAGUUUUCGCUAAUGAUAUUCCAGAACGUUAUUAUUCCAUUUUCAAUCUUGAAGAUAUAAACACCGCAAAGAUCACUUUUGCUGACAGUGAUUUCGAAUUCAGUGAUGAGAUCUUGAAUAGGUGUAUUGCCAGUGUUGGAUUGAGAUCAUUUCAUGGCAAGGCAAAACCAGCCACCAAGGAUUUUGAGUUGACAGCAUUCACAUCGUUUAUGCGGAAUACUGCUCCAGUUUUUUUAGACUUUAUAAUAAACCAAUGCCUAUUAGAUAGUGAACGAUUUGAGAAAAUUUCGUUUCAGGGAUCCCUAAAUGAUUUCCAAACGAUCAUUAUACACGCAGAUGUGAUUAAAGAACAUGGAUUAGUUGAGUACUAUACAAAAAAGUGCUCUUUCACCAAGUCGUCUCAAGAGGACAUUUUGAUCAAGGUAGACAAUGGACAGAAAGUAGAUGACGGGGUAUUAGAGAAGGGAAUAUUAGCAUCCAAAGAUUUUCAUCUUUCGUUCUUAGAAAGAAUUAUUCAUAUAGAACCCAAAUAG